CCCACGCUGCUGACGUGUAGGUAGGAGGUGUCUUCUUGUCUUCCAGAGGAUUCAGCAGCUAGCUGUCAGCUUGUCUCUUUGUUUAUUCUUUCGUUUCGCACUUUGCAAUGGAAUUAUCACCUUUAUACUACUGAGCUGAGGAAGUAAGAGCAGAAAAGAAGUCCGAGAUAUUGCACAGGUUUAGGUUGGUGCUCACGUUUUAUGAAGAGCUCUCCAUUACCAACUUCACCAAUAUGGGGAGACGGAAGGUGCCAGAUUUGUACAGAGCCCCAUUCCCCCUCUACACCGUCAAGGUGGACCCCAAGUCGGGCCUGGUGAUCACUGCAGGUGGAGGUGGGGCAUCAAAAACUGGGAUUAAAAAUGCAGUGCAUUUUCUUGGCCUGGAGUUGGUGGGAGAGCACCAGUACAGUGCCACUCUGCUGCAUGCUCAUGACACGGAAACCCGCGCAACAAUGAACCUGGCGAUCGCCGAUGGAGUUAUCGCCGCAGGGCAGGACGGCAAUUGUAGCAUGAUGCGAUUUAAACAACGCCAGUCAAAUGAGGGACGAAAAGCGUCUUCCAGCGAAGCGGCCUCUGGCGGGCAGCAGGGGAAGGCCCGGCGACGAACGGGGAAAGGCGACCAGGCGGCUAAAGACGGAGCAGAAGAGGCAGGGGGCAUAGGCGCCUCCGACACUACGGACGAGACCACGCAGGUAUCCGUGGAAACCGUCGGGGAAGUGCAGUCGGACCUCAACCCUGUGGACCCGCUGCAGAAGGUGGUGAGGUUCAGCUCGGACCUGAGCCUGCUCAUGACGGGCGGCACUGACGGCCACAUCCGGGUUUGGGAGUACCCCUCCUUGAAGAAGAAGUUUGACUUCAAAGCACAUGAAGGAGAAAUUGAAGACUUGGACUUGAGUCCCGGGAAUGAGCACCUCGUCAGUGUGGGCAGGGACUUUGUGUGCAGCGUGUGGAGCGGAAAUCAGCUGGCCAUGGGUCUCCGGUGGCAAGACACCAUGCCUCAGGUGGCCGACAAGGCGUAUCGCUACAUGGCUUGCAGGUUUGGCAGGGUAGAGGACCAACCCACUGCCCUACGGCUGUAUACGGUUCAGAUCCCCCACAAACGAGACCGGAAGCCUCCCCCUUGCUAUCUCACAAAGUGGGACGGCAAGAGCUUCCUGCCCAUGCUGACGGCAGUCUGUGGCACUGAGGUCAUCUCCAGCAUGGCUGUCAGUGACUCUGGAACCUUCAUCGGCCUGGGAACUGUGACGGGAUCUGUAGCGAUCUACAUUGCGUUCUCCCUACGGAAGCUGUACUACGUAGAGGAGUCCCACGGCAUCGUGGUGACGGAUGUAGCAUUCCUGCCCAACUCGUUGAAGGGGAACGCCCUCAAAGGCAGCAACCACGAAGCGGCCAUGUUGAGCGUAGCCGUCGACAGCAGGUGUCAGCUGCACACCGUUCGCAACAGAAGAUCCUUCCCCAUAUGGCUGGUGCUGGGCUUCUGUGCCGUGAUGGUGGUGGCGGCGAUUCUGCUGCUUCAGUCGCUCUUCCCUGGCUUCAUGUGAAUCCCUCUGAGCACUAGAGAGCGGGCAAGCCUCGGGGGCGGCAGGGGGGGGGGGGGGGGGGGCCGUCGUCGUAAAUCACUGAACCCUCCGCUGGGGCCGAACAGCCAUGGGAGAUUGGGCUGUGCAUCGUCCUCUCCCUGCCUCCCAGUGGGGUUGGGGCGGAGGGUGAACCAUAACCACCAGGGGACUCGUUUUUUAAUUUGACAUCUGCUGCACCCCCACCGCAAAACAUCUCAAAGCCUAACGAUGACUGUUCAAGUCGCUCUCAGAAGCCUGUGACGUCACCGCCUCCCACUGUUCCGUGGGUCUCAUCUCAUGACUUGUCCUCCUCCUCCUUUGUGAACGACUUGUACUCGUAUGGGUGAGAGGCUUGAUUCCAUUUUUAUUUUAUUUUUGGGGAUGGGUCGGGGCUCGUGGUGAGAGGGGGGGUCCAGCUUCCAGUCAUUUAUAAUUAAUGUGCAGAUUGGGGCUUUUUUAAAUAAGAUAUUUAAAGAAUAAUGUAAAGAUAUAUAAAUAUACUUGAAAAUAGAUUCAUGUCUUCGUGUCUUCUUUUUUCUUUCACAUGCACUUUGUGGAGUGCAGAAAUACCAUCCAUUGUCUACAUAUCAUGGAUCUUAAUUAACUAUUUCUCUAUUUCAAAUACAUCCACUAGUGGGCAGCAUAGACCCUUCAUUUGUUAGUUACUUGAAAAUGAUGAGAUCUCAAUGGCUUAGCAAUACAAAUGGCUUUGGCCCAUACAAAUAAUGAUGUAAUAGCUCAAAUAAAUGUGCUUGUGGGAGUGAUUAGGAUUACCAACGGUUGAAAGCCUCCAAAGUGUUAUGUACCUUUUGUACAAUUGCCAAUGUGAAAGAGAAAAGAAGGGCAUAAUGAAUCCUUUGUAAAUUGAACCUAAUAACAAGUUUGUUUGGAGACUAAAUGUGAGAGCGAGCUAAAUUGUUUAUAGAUGACACUUUGAAUAGUGUUUAGUGUUUCUGAUCCUCCUACCAUCCAUUUUCCAGUUCAAAACAAGCAGAUGCACUUUUGCACACCCCGCUCCCCCGACCACACAGAGCACUGGUGGCUCUCUUGAUGGAUUUAUUUCCAGUAGGUGGCACCAUAUGGCUGGUGAAACGUGGAGGCAUGCAAGGGAUGGAAGUUCCUGUUGAUUUAACCUACAUUGUGCUCAUCUCAAGCUUGGAGACAGGCCUUCAAAGUCACAGGGUAUAGUAUAUCUGUCCCAGAUCCCUGGCCUAGUCUAUUGAUCAGGGGUGUGAAAUGGUUGCCGUUUUUAUGAAUUAAUUGUAUCAAUUCAUUAAAAGCCCAAAUCAAA